UAGUUUUACUUGCAAAAAAGCGACACGUCACUAAGAUUUUCAGCAGCAACAGAGGUGGGAAGGUAAUUUUAACGACGUAAAGAAGAGAAACCGAACUUAAAACAACAUGGGUCUCUUCUUCUCAAGGCUUUUCUCUGGUUUAUUUGGGACAAGGGAGAUGAGAAUCUUGAUUCUUGGUCUAGAUGGAGCAGGAAAGACCACUAUAUUGUACAGACUACAAGUUGGGGAGGUUGUCACCACUAUCCCCACAAUUGGUUUCAAUGUUGAAACAGUGACAUAUAAGAAUCUUAAAUUUCAAGUCUGGGACUUGGGAGGACAGACAAGUAUCAGGCCGUACUGGCGUUGUUAUUACUCCAACACUGAUGCAAUCAUUUAUGUAGUGGACAGCUGUGAUAGAGACAGAAUGGGGAUCUCCAAGUCAGAACUGGUUGCCAUGUUGGAGGAAGAGGAACUCAAAAAAGCUAUAUUGGUGGUGUUUGCAAACAAACAGGAUAUGGAACAGGCUAUGACACCCACUGAAGUAGCAAAUUCACUUGGUUUGCCAGCACUAAAAGACAGAAAGUGGCAGAUAUUUAAAACGUCAGCAACUAAAGGCACUGGAUUGGACGAGGCAAUGGAAUGGUUGGUUGAAGCACUGAAGACCAGACAGUAAAAACCUUCUUUAGGCAUUACAGUAAACCCUGUGUUUUGAAAUAUCCUCACUUCUUUCUGUUGUUACCUCCUGUGUACCGAGUGUUGUUGGUAUUUUGUUUUUAAACACGAACACCCUGGUCGUUGAUCAACUGCGUUGUUUUUCCCCAAAGUCAUUUCACUGACUCACGAAUGUGAAUGGGGAAAUUUUCAGUUUGCAUUAUGAAUGUCCUCUUGCCCCAUACUUCUGUCUAAAUAGAAGUCCCUCCUCAGCCACAUUGCUGUCUUCUGAAUUUGUAGUGUUUAUUUACACAGUUUCAGAUGUGAGCUGUGAUACUUUGGAAGCAAUGACCCGUGACUGUGAUUUGUGUUUAAAAAAAAAAAAAAAAAGAGUUCAGCAACGGUAAGUAGUGAUAAUGUUGUUAAAUAAGUUGAAGGGUCUUCUGUAAUACUUUAAUCUUGUUGUUUCAACCCCUUUGACCUCGUCACCUCUAAUUACUUCCAGUAAGAAACCGUAUAAACAGGGGAGCGUGUUCACGGGUUAAAGGCAGCAUCCUUUUUAAUUCAGAUUACAGGGAAGUGAAACUCAUCCAGUUAAAGUGAACAUCGAGAGAACAUUGGCAUGAUGACCUGUGUCUGACAUAAAAAAACAUAAAAACCCAUGGAUCCUGUCGUAUUCCAUGUAUGACAGGAUCCAUGGCAACUGACGUAAACACCACUCUGUACUGUAAACUACUUAUUUUUAUUCCUUUCGUUGCAGUUUAUGUACCGGUGUUAAUUAUUUUAUAUUUAUGUGCAUUUGUUAUUUUUCCAGUUCAUGUUAGGCUUGCUUUUUGGGGUAUUGUCAGUUUCAUGGGAGAGAUUUUGGUUUCUGGUCAUCUGUUUCCUAUAAGUUUUUGUUUGUAUUCAGACACUAAUGCACACCCAUCUGUAGUGAUUUUUACUCCUGGAUUUUAUGUUUAUUUAUCGACAUUUACAGUAGGGGAUGGCUUAUGUAAAAUGUGAAGAAUUCAUGAAAAUCAAUAAACCGUAUAACAUAA